UGGGCUGCGGGGGCGGCCAUGGAGCUGGGCAGCUGCUUCAAGACCUAUGAGGACUUCAAGGAGUGCUUCAGCGCCUACAAAAGGGAGAACAGAUGCUCCUUCAUCCUCAGGGACUGCGUCUCCGUCCGCUUCCACAACCUCAACCACGGCACUUCCAUCCGCGAGGACAUCCUAUAUGUGCAGGUGAAAUUUGUCUGUAUUCGGACCCAGUCACACAGGAAGAGAACACGAGAGGCGGACACGUGCCCAGCAUACUUGCUUCUGCGAUACAAUGAGAGACUAGAUAGACUAUUUAUCAGUGAACUGAACACCCAGCAUGUCCAUGUUGAUUCCAAAACUGCUGGUCCUGGAGGAGACACCACUGGCAAAUCUCAAAAGACAAUGUGCCUGCAGCAGCUCCAGCUUGUGCAGCCCACAGUCAAGAAAGACCCUGACGUAGCUGAGAAGUCCCCAGUAGAACCGUCGUUUUGCCUAGAUAAGGUACAGGCGCCCUCAAAGCCAGAGCAGGAAAGCAUCACUCCUUCUGACCUGGCCCAAAUAGCAAAAGUGAUGAAGAACUUUCUUAAAGUAGAUGAGGGUUCCAUGGCCUCCUUCAGUGUGGGCACCAACCAAGACUUGGACCGGCUCAGCUUCCAGAGCAGCAAGAUGAGUGACCUAUUCAUCCGCUUCCCAGAGAACCUCUUACUGCACCGGGUAGAGAACAGCCAGGGUCAUAUCCUCUAUGCUUUCUUGGUGGAGAACAAGGAACGAGAGGGUCGAGUGGUCCACUUCUCUGUGCUCAAGGCCGAGACGGCCAGCUCUGUGGCCAAGAUGCUGAGCAUCUUCACAGAGUUCAACUCUGAUUGGCCCAAGGUCAAGGUGGUCUUCGUGGACCCUUCAUUCCCUCACCGGGCCAUCUUGCAGGAGAUCUUCCCCUCUGCCCGGAUCCUCCUCUCCAUCUACCACACAACCCGGCUCUUGGAGAAGAAGUUGCUUCGCAGUUCAGCAAAUCCAUCCUUUAAAAGGCUCAUGAAGGAAGCCCUGCGGGAAGCUGUGUUUGUCACUUCUGAUGCCAGCCUAAAAAAUCUCUGUCAGAUGUCCCAAACCCUCCUCGAUGAGGAUCUCUUCGGGUUCCUACAGGACCACUGGUUCUCCUGUGAAUUACUGUGGUACAUGCAUGUGAGGAAGGGCCUGCAUGCGUGUAACACCUACAUGGACAGCCUAGACAUUGUCACCAGCAAAGUGUCGAGCCUUUUCCGGGAGCAGCAGUCCCUGGUGGACUGCAUCCUCCGUUUUGUGGAUUACAUAGACUUCUUCAAUACCAAAGCCUUGAAGAACUUGCCCACAGCUCCUCCCAAAUUAAAGAGAACCCGGACUCCAAGCAUGCCACCAAAGGCCAAGAAACCUUUUGGAGUUUGUAAAGGGAUCCUCACCAGGACACCACUGGAACAAACAAAGCCGGAUUCACAGCAAGUUCAGUUGCAGCAGCAGCCCUCCCAAGGUGGCAUGCUCGACAGCUUGCACCAAAGUGGCUCCGAACUGGCCUACAAGCUGUGCCACAACGAAUGGGAGGUGGUGCAGAAUUCCACCCACCUAAUAGAGAUGGCUGGCUCCUCAGUGGACGUUCAGCUGCUAGAGGACUCUCACCAGGUUAGCAAAGAUGGCUGCAGCUGCAGCUGUUCCUUUCAGCAGUGGUACCACCUGCCCUGCCGGCACAUUUUGGCCCUUCUGCACAAUAGCCAGCAGCCAGUAGAUGAAGCUAUGGUGUGCCGCAGGUGGCAAAAGAAGUACCAGCACCUCCUUGGGCCUAAUGGAGAACUUCGGGACCAUGGUAUGAUCCUAAACACAGACCAGCCUGAAAAUCAGGGUCGGAAUGACAUGAUUCAGGACCUAAGCAGGGAGCUAGCAAACCUGCUAAUGCAGACGGAGGGGUCAGAGCUGGAGGAGCGCUAUUCCACCCUGCGUAAGAUUGUGGACAUCUGGGCUGAUCCCUGCCAGUCAGCUGAGUCCAGCCAGCAGCCGGGAGACUUCAGGGAUGUGGGUUGCCUCCCUUUCCUCUGGGGAAAACAAGAGGAAGAGGAGGAACUCCCUCCCGCUGAAGCCACGACACAUGAUUAAAACACUUGCCCUGGCACAUUGGACCACAAACCCCUGCUGGAAGUCUGAGAGUUCACUGUGGGCGAGUCAUGGUAGGGGUCGGUAUUUUAACCAGUAUGUUCCUAGAUAGGGCUAGGGGGAUUGUUAAAAUAGGAGAGGGACCUCGCUGGAUGAUGGUCCUUUGAUAGCCCCAUUUCAGCCCUACCUUUGGCAUUCCAUAGGCACCUCAUUCAUUGUUCAAAGCCAAAGCUAUCUCCAUGUUGAAAGGUCAUCCCUCUUUCUCCUCUGACCACUGAGAUCAGAUCUUAGUCUCCCUGCAGAGAUGGACCUGUGCCCCAGGAUAGGCUGAGACAAAAAGGAACUGUUUUCAGGGAUAAAGGAAAGGAGGGUGAUCCUUGAUUGUUGCUGCUCUUUAUGAAGAAUCUGUCAUUUGUAUCUAUUUUUAUUCAUAUUAAAUAAAGUUUUUAAAAAAAUAUGAAGUCAA